UCAUAUAAACAGUAUAUGCUGUGGACAUCAGAGUGCCGAGGCAGUUCAAUGUUCGGGUGCGCGCAAGUACGGGAGUAGUCGAGUUAAUAGUCAAAUAAUUUUUGUUAGCCGCAAUCAGCAUAGAAUACUGUAUCAAUUACGGAUGCACAAAAGAAAAGGAAUUUAAACAGUGUUCAUCGAGAUGAUUCCAAAACCGUCCAUUUGUUAAAUCCUUUAGGAAAACACUAUUACCAGUGUAUUAGCCGAAGAAAUACACGUGCUUUGAUAAAUUCGCAAUGGAGCAAGUAGAAUUUAGGAAAUAAGAUACGGAAAAUGCUCAAAGAAACAACAAUAAGUGUAAAAUAAAAUUAAGAUUAUCAAAUGAUCAGCAUUAAUAUACUUUUUUAAAUGGAACCUUUCGAAACGGCACCUCGCAGAACCGAGGCGGAGAAGUCCAUCAAUGAAAAGCGAUGUCUGUUCGCUGUGUGCCUUAAAUGUCAUGAUAAUGGUCUAUCCAUGGAACGAAUAUCAAUGUAAUUCGUGUUUCUUAACGAAUGCAAGACAGUCAUCGGCGUGUCAUGGAGGACAGUGGUCAAAUGCAUUCUAGCACUCUUCUUGAAGAAACCUUCUAUGUCACAUCCAAGAAAAACACCUACUACAAGGUGAGACUAACAGAGAAAGGUCUCAGCUUGGAGAAAGACAAUAAUGGCGCGACAAAAGUUGAAACGAUCAUUUUGAGCGACAUAAUUGGAUGCAGAUGUAUGCGCUCGAAGCGCAAAAGCGCGGGAAGCUGUGUUUGUGGCCCGGGCACAUCAAGAUCGCAGCUUAAGCUCGUCGAGUCUGCGGAAGCUUAUCAGUGUUACGAUGAAUUCGACACAUCGGCCUAUCUUUAUAUUUAUGCUUACACUUUGAAGAAAGCGCGUAUGAAAGGUGUGAAGAGGCGUGAAAGGACCACGAUCACGUUACGCUUCCGCAGUUUUGACAAGUACGAGGAUAAUCUACGAGAGGCUAGCAGGUGGCGAUUAGCCAUCAAAUGCCUCAUUGCUAGCGUGCCCGUGCCUAAAAGUUUUAUGAGCCCCACUCACGGGAACCUCGAGUCCCUGAUUAACGCGUGUCCGGGGGAGCAACGGAAGCUUCUUGUCCUGCUGAACCCGAAAUCGGGGCCGGGUAAGGGUCGCGAGGCCUUCCAGAAGAGGAUCCACCCGAUCCUGUCGGAAGCGGAGAGGCCUUACGAGGUCCACAUAACGAAAUGCUCCAAUUACGCCCGCGAGUUCGUCCGCACCAGGGACAUUUAUCAAUGGAGCGGGCUACUGAUGGUCGGCGGCGACGGUAUCGUGUUCGAAGUAGUGAAUGGGCUUUUUCAAAGGUCCGAUUGGGAGAAAGCCCUCAGGGAAUUGCCUCUUGGCGUGAUACCGUGCGGCUCUGGGAACGGCUUAGCGAAAUCCAUCGCAUACGCUAAACAGGAACCGUACGAUUACAAUCCUCUUCUGAUCAGCGCGCUGUCCGUGGUGAAGUACAAAAGAGCCCAGAUGGACCUGGUGCGCGUUGAAACCAGGAAUCAGAUCCUCUUCUCAUUUUUGUCCGUCGGCUGGGGCCUGCUCGCCGACAUUGACAUUGAAAGUGAAAGGCUCCGCGCGAUCGGUGGCCAAAGAUUCACCGUUUGGAGCGUGGCUCGCCUGAUAGGAUUAAGAACGUAUAGGGGCAAAGUGUCUUACUUGCCCUGCGAUAAAGUGCCGUCCGCCGAUAGUUUGGGCAACGGCAAGGCCUACAACGAAUACGUGAAGGAAACUCAGAUAUCGCACUCGAGGAGCUACGGCGAUGAUUUGGAUAGGUGUAGCAAGAUCAGCGAAUCGAAAAGCUUCCACGACGCCCUCGACGAAGACCCGGCUAUCAUAGACGAUUUCGAUAGCUGUGAAGAUAGCGAUAUAAUAAGCGAAAGUAUCACGCUCGAAACGGAAACGGAGAGACGGCACAGGCUAGAUAGCUUUUAUUCGGCGACCUCAGCGAGGUCAACUUACUUUAGUACAGCUUCAAUUUCUAGUUAUCAUAGUGUCGUCGAGCCAGACAACGGGGAAGUGGAUGCAGAGAACAACAUCAAUCAAGUUAUGUACGGUCCGUCGUCGAGGUUGCCUGCGUUAACUUCAGAAGUAUCAAGUUCCUGGACGCAAGUUCAAGGAGAGUUUGUUAUGGUCCAUGCGGCGUAUCAGUCACACUUGGGUCAGGAUUAUUUCUUUGCACCUCGUGCCAAAUUGGCGGAUGGUAUUAUUUGGCUCAUAAUAGUUAAAGCCGGUAUUACACGAGUCAAUUUACUUCAGUUCCUGUUGGGUUUAAGUAGUGGUACCCAUCUAACACGUUCUGGCAUCGACAUGAUACCCGUAAAGGCAUUUCGAAUAGAACCAGAAGAAGACGUAAAUGGUCACAUAACUGUGGACGGAGAAAGAGUAGACUAUGGACCUUUGCAAGCAGAGAUAUUUCCGUCUUUAGCGUCGGUAAUGUCUCCCUGAUAUAAAUGACAGUCAACUAUUUAAGCAACUAGCAAUGGAAUCAAAUGGUACAAUCCUAGAACUUUAAGUUCAAUUACAUGGUAGUAUGGUCCAGGCGACAAUACUGUAUUAAUAUAUUAAUAUAUAAUACAUUCGGGAUUGGUACUUUAAUCUAAAGUGACGAUAGAUGUAUAUUAUAGACUGUCAAUAUAACAUAAAUCAUUCCAUACAAUGUAUUCAAUGUAUUUUUAAUUUGAUGGAAUCAAUGCAACAUAGUUUGUAUAAAUUUAAUGGUUAUUUUAUGGAAUUUUAAUAUUUAUAUAAUAUUAUCAAUAGUGCUCGUUAACUAGUAAAAAUUCUAUUCCAUUUGUUAGCUUAAGACAUUCCUUUUGAACUAUUUCACCUACGACGCACAAUAGUUAAAAUGUUGCCUAGGCUUUAAGCUAGUUAUCAAGUGCUAUUGUUAAUCUUACACCACAAAUAUCAGCUUGCACAUAUUCUUCUUUAUUAAAUAACGAAAAGGGUCAUUGGAACUUUGUCAAAUUGGUAAUUUCACAUUUUUUAUAUUUUUGCGUGUUAGAGAUAUAGAUUGUGUUAUAGAUUGUAUUUCUAAUAUAAUUGUAUAAUUAACACAUCAUGGCUUCCAAUAUUAGCACAGCACAAGGACGAAAUAUAUGAGACAGAAGAAUUCUAUACAGAAUUUACUCUGCGCAAAUAUACUGAUUUUGUAGCUUAAAUGCAUUUUAUGGACUAGAAAGGUAUAUUAUUACCUGGUCCAAUGUCAGCGAUACAGUAUUGAUUUUACAGCAAUAGUAUAAUGAAAAAGUCAGUCUGUCGGUACAAGUUAGAAUUACUAGCUUCUUGUCUUAUGCUCAUAUUUGAAGUAUUUUUUUAGAAUACCAUUAACUACAUUAUCUGAUGUAAAAACAUAUCACAAUUAUUAAAGUAGCAUGGGUCAUGUUGAAGGUGUCAUACCCAAUUAUGAGCGCAUAGAUAUUACGUAAACAAUAUUUGUAAAUAAAAUAAUUAUGAAACACAAGAGAACUAUUUGAUAUUGUAUUAGAAAAAAUAUUAAAAUAAUAUAUAUUAUGAUAAGAUAAUUAUAAAGUUAUCUUAUAUUGUUAUUGAAUAGCACUUUGAUAUUGAGAAAAGGAGCAUUUUCCUGUGUUCCCUAUUUCAUGAACAUAUAAACAUAAUUUGAUAAAUAUUUUUGUUUAACGUGUACACACGUGCCAAGAGUUGUAUAAGAAUUAGUAUAUAAUUAGUAACAUGAUUUUUUAAUUAUUUUUUUCAUGCCAAAUUUUAUGUUUAGAGCUGUAUUUCAAAUGUAAAUUUUCAUUCUUAAAUGAUUAUACUUUCAAUAAAUUAUUCGUAAGUACUGUUACAAUACCUUUUGUAUUAUACUAAACAAAAUAAUUUAUGAAUUAUUACUAUUUCCUUAAAACAUAAACAGAUAAAAAUAUUUUUUGUCUUAUGAAGUACUGAAAAAAUUAUUAAAUAACUUGAUUUAGUAUUCUCGGACAAUCACAGAAGAUGCGACUACUAAAUCUGAUUUCAUAGAUAUAAAAAACCAAAUUGGAUUGUUAAUAAGAAAUAUUGUAAAUUUUAUCUAUGUAUGAAUUUAUGUGAUGUAAAGGUAUUUAAUUUACGGCAUUGUAAAAUAGAAUUAUUUAAUUAAAAGAAAAAUAUUUAAUAGUACACUUUUUUGGAAUGUGCUAUGUCGCUACUUGAGGUGAAACUUAUUUAUCGUCCUUAAAACUCAGGUGUGUGUGUAUAUAUAUAUAUAUAUAUAGAUAUAUAUACAUAUAUAUAUGUACUUCUGUUAUUCCGCAUUUUUUAGCGGAAAUAAUCGUUGAUGUUUUUGAGAAUGAUUUCUCCGUUAAUGUUGACUUUAAUAAAAGUUAUUAAACAGAAUAAUAGCUAUGAGUGAUAAUAAAUUCAAUAAUUCAUAGUGUAAAUAAAUUAUUCCAUAAUUCCUAAAAAGUAUCUGAAAAUUAUUCCGUUUCUGUUCAGUUAUAAACGUAAUGUAAAACUAGAUAAGAAAGUCACGUUUUACUAACAGAAAUUCGUCCGUUUGUAUGUUCCAGUUACAAUUAAUCUGUAUAAUGAGUUUACUAAAUACUUUCUUGUAUAGUGGUACAUGAAAAAAUACUAAAGUUUCACUUAUUGAAGUUUCUAAAGGUGUUUUACUUAAAUAUAUACAGAAUGAAGCAUGAAAAUGAGAAUACCUACAUGUUUUUACUAUUUAUGAAUGCAUAAGAAACCUGUUUAAGGUAAAUUUGAACUAUUUAAAGAGAAAAACAAAUUUUUGUUUUGUCUUGUUGCAGAAAAUAAGAAAAUAAAUUCAUGGGUGUUACAAAUAUACGAUUCUAAUUAGCUUACCUUAAAAUUGUCUUUUUAUUUAACAAAAUGUAAAUAUUGAACUAUUCUCCUUUACAUGUUCCACCCUGGGUAUAAACCGUAAGAAAAAUGUAAUAGAAUAAAUAUUUCAAUUUACAAUUUAUUUAUUAUUAAGAUACAGUACAAGAAAAGUAGUAUAAUUCUUUAUUUCAAACACAUUUUCUUUGUUUCAAACACAAGUUAGAGUAAUAAUUAAAUCGUCUAUCCUAUAAUGAUUAGACUACAGAUGUUUAUAUAGGUACUGAUUUUUGUAAAUUAAUUUAUACUCUACAAAAUUCCUCAUUUUAUGAAGUGUUUGCUCAUGUUUCAAAUAUUAAAACUCAAUUGAGGUUUAUGAAACAUAUUGUUAUAGCAAGUUUUAGAAAGUUGUGGAUGCCAUAAAUAUAUUGACAUCUGUAAUCUAAUAAUAACUUAUGCACUAUGGCAUAUGGUUAUGUUAAAUAUAUAGUAACAAGAAAUUAAAGGAGAUUUAAAAAAUAUCACAGUAUAUAAAAUCAAUGAUACCUUUUGAUACAUUUACUUUGUAGCUUAUAAUGAAGAUACAUGUAUGUACAUAUAUUUGUGAGUUCCUAUCAAAGAAGAUACUUCAUUUAAAGUUCUGUAAGUACUGCUAACAAAAAAUUAUUUAUGUACAGAAAGUAUAAAGUAAUUACAGAAGUUAUUUACAUAACCCCGUUUAUGUACGGAGAAACUGUUUAUGAAUAUUAGCUGGUAUAGCUUAUAUUUCUUAUCUGUUAUUAAAAGUAUUGUGAACUUGAAUCAUAUAUUGAUAUAACAAAAAUGUUAUAUUGUAUCUAAAAUUUUUCAUUUGCAAACCUGUACUAAAAAAACUCUAUCGCUCCAAAUGUUAGACAGUUUACAUUAAUUUCUGUUGGAUUGUUGAUGUAAAAGUUUAUUUUAAUCAUAAUACAAAUCUUCGAUUAAAUUGUUGGUAAAGUCUAACACAUCACGUUCUUCAUCUUGCCCGUACCUUUAAUAAUACACUAUACAGCAGAAAACAUGUUUGGUGAGGUAAAUGUUUACAACUUCAAUUUUAUACUUUCAAAUAGAACACUCGGACAAAAAAAAUCUGUAACACUUAGUUAUAUUAAAAGUUAUACAACUUUUUAUAUAUUUAUCUGACGUUCGCAUCAUGACUGCAAUUAGAGUGAGAAAUAUGUAUGUUGAUACAAUAAUGAUAAUGUUUCAAACAUAGAAUAAUUAAUAUGUCUGACAAAAGUUACAUAUGUAAUAAUGAACACUAGGUAAUUAAAAAAGUAAAUACAUGAGUAUGUAGGAAUAAAAAUAGAUGAAUAUAUGUGUAUGCUAUCUUGUUUACACACCGUUAACGUCUAUGAAAAUAAAUGUGUAACACUUAUCUCUUUUAGAAAUAUCUUCAUACAAUCACAUUGACUGUAUGAAUAUGAAUUCAAUAAAUAUAGUGUAAAACUCAUAUACUUUUUUAUCAAUUUUAAUAAAAAGUGAUGCUACAAAACAAACUGAAAUACAAAUGUCUAGCACAAAAUCUCGUUUUAUAAAUAUUUAAACACGAAAAAAAUAUUUUAUAAAAUUACGUUGAAUCCUAUAAAUUCAAUAUAAUUUGUAUUUUUGUUAGCAAAUACAAACUAACUUCAAAUGCUGAUUAUAUUGUACAAUAUAAAGAUACUUAUAUAAUUUUUUUGAAACUGUGUGAAUUCAAUUUUGUUAUAAAUACUUUAGUAUCGAAUUUAUCCUUAUCCUAAAAUGGAAACCUUUUGUAACUCAUAGGAGUGUUAUGUUUAAAAUAUAUAUUUUCAAGACCAAUUAAAACUCUUGAAUUUAGCAAUUUGAGCGUAUAGUAUUAACAGCAAUGAAAAAUCAAUGAAUUGUUUAGUAAAGAAAAUGGUUUGAUAAUAGGUACAGAAAAUGUUUUUCGUCAUAAUACUAUGGAUGAUGAAUAAGUCCACAGUUUCUCAAUAAUAAAAUUAAAUUUACAUACUUCUGCAUUCACAGUAUUUCAAUAUGUCAAUCCUAACACUUAUAAAAGGGACUUAACUAUAAUUCUAACAUCUCAUAGAUCAAAAUUUUUAUGCUGCUCAACUCGCGAAUAUAAAUUAGAAGAGAACUUUCGAAUAACUCAGUAAAUAUCUGAAAAAACAAUUUCUUACUUUAUAAUAAUGGAGUUACUCUUUGAGAGUGUAGUAUAUAUGAUGAUCUCUUCUUUGAUUCCGUGUUUUGUUUAAUUUGUCAGUAAAACUGGCAAUAUGAUAAUUGAAAAAAUUAACUUGUUAUAUUAAGAGCAUCUAAAUUAGCCAAUAGAUCUUUCACAUCAUCUUGAACUUGAUUAGCUGUGUUAGAUAAAGAUAGACGUGAAUAAAAAGUACUUAAGGCUUCUACUGUUUCAUGAGAACUCUUCUGUUUUUGUAGAUACGUUAAUAACAUAUUAACUGUAUCAUGGAUCUCUUGUUUUACUCUUUGCAUAUCCUCUUCCUUACAAUUUUGAAAUAAUUUUAAAUGCGACUGCGCUAAUUGCAAUGGAUUAUAACCAUCCUUAUUUCGUGAUAUAAUUUUUGCUUCUGCUUUCAAAAGAAGUGUUACCACUGAUAUUUGAUGAGCAAGAGAAGCUAAGUGUAAUGGAGUGUUACCUACACAAUCGCGUUGAUUCGGAUCUGCACCAUACUCUAAUAAUAACUGUACCAUUUCUGUAUAGCCACUGUUGAAAUAAAAACAUAUUAUUAUGUAUAUUGUAUCAACA